UGUUUCGGGGUUUGUUCGCUCUCUUCCUCACUCAUACACUAUGCUCUUUUAAUUCUUCUUCUUCUUCAAACUUUUGUUAUUUAUAUAGUUAAAGUUACACGCACCCGACGAACAGAACAUCCAAGUCUGUGAGUGUUUAUGCAUGUGUUGUGCUGUGUACAUCAACAUCACCAUCAGUUCAUUCAUUCAUGACAUUGGCUUUUAUUUAUUUACUUUGGUAUUCUGGUUGGUGGCUAGCUUGUAUUCUACACGAUUUAUCAACGCGCGCGGUGGGUGUGUGUGUAUGCACGUAAAUUUUGGAGUGCUUGAUUUCAAUAGCAGCAGCAGCAGCAGCAGCAGCAGCAGCAGCAGCAGCCGUAGACAAAGACAAUUUAUCGACAAAUUUCAUUUAUUUUGGAUUGCAAUCCUAAUUUGUUUCUUUUUUCGUUUAACGUUCCAACAAUCAUCGGAUAGAUUUUUAGUAAUUCGUCGACGACGAUUUUUUUUCUAGUGGAUUUACAAUAGUAACAAUAAAAACAACAACAACAAAAAAAAACAUACAUACAAAAGUGCAUUCAACUGCAAGUACGAACAUCGAACGAUAGCAAGUGGAUUGAAAAUAUGUAUUUCGACAAAUAGUGUAAAAUAAAGAGAACAAAAAUAGACGAAUAACAAGUAUUUGGUUUAAGUGGAGCGCAAUUAAGCCAAAGCUUCUUGGAAACUGGAAUCUAUCGACAGGUCGACUGUGAUAGAGUUCAACUAAUAAAUCAACUUGUAUAGUAAAUUUCAAGAAGGAGAGAAGAAGAGAGAGAUAAAAAUAAAGGAAAAAAUGUCGAAUUUGCCAAGUUAUUCGGCAACUAGACUUAUGACCGAAUCGGAUGAAUCGAUAAGUUUGCGAAACAAUAAUGUCACAAGCCAUCAACAACAAGAGGCUCAACAACAGCAGCAGCAACAACAAAAACAAUUGCAGCAGCAGCAACAACAACAACCCCAAAUUCCAUACCACGAUCCGCCUUAUCUAAUUCGUAAUUCACGUGCAUUUCGUCACUUUAAAAAUCCCCCACAGCCGCAUAUGUGCAUCAAAGAUCAUACAGAUGACGGUCAAGAGCUCUUCAUAAAUGUGAUGAGCUGGACUAAAAUCUGUAUGCCACACUCUGAAACGGAUCCAAUCCCAUUGUACGGCGGAAUGAGAGUUACGUCAGGUAGUCCAAAAUCACCGCUUAUGUUUGCCGUGAUGGCGAAUCCAGCAAUUUUAAAGCAUGUCGGUAGAAAAUGCUCGGAUGCUGAGGAAAAAUUGGCGCUCGUCAAACUAAUGUGUGAUUUCGUUGAGGCGAUGAAUCCCGGACUCAAAUUAGCUAGAGCUGCUGAGGUGCUAAAGGAUCGUGAUUUAUCGGGUGAAUUGAAAGAUAUUUGGGGUGCUGUUCAGGCAAAACGAUUACGUGAAAAAGAUUCAGCACCAUCGUACGAAAGUUAUUUGGCAUCACAAAAUCAAGUGUACAUUGAUUUUGGACCACCAGAAGCACCGCCAUACCAAUCAGAACGAGUGGCUGAUCAGCAACAGCAACAGCAACAGCAACAACAAUCGCCGCCGUCGAUCAAGAGCAACAAAGAUUCGCACAACCAUUCGAACAGUGUCUUAAACGUGGACGAAGUAGACAAUAAUAUUCCGCAACAAAUACUAGACAGUCAUCAAAAUAAUCUCAAUACCCUCGAUAAUAAUACACAAAUAGCGAUGACCAAUAACCGCAACAUAACCACACAGCAUAAAGAAAUGAAUGUAAUAAAGCCUUUGACAUCGCCGCCACCACCACCGACAGAAACAGCAACAACAGUGGCUGUUACGACGAUCACGAUGACAACAACAAUACCAACACCAACGGGCGACAGCGAUUCCAACAAAAAUGAUCGUCAAUUGACGAAAAAAGAUAAGCUCAGCGGUUUUCUUCCAAAUAGUUGCCAUAACAUAUUCCCAUUCAUUAAAACCAAAUCCAGUAGCCAUGAUAAAAACAAUGCGCACAAAGAGAAAAACGACACAAACCAAAAAGAUGCGAUGCAACAGCAACAGCAUCAGAGCAACAAUAUCACACGUAAAAUCCUACAUAGUAGCAAAGAUAGCAACAAUAAACUCAUACAGAAUAAAGACACAGCCAAUUUAGAAAGUGAAAUAUCCAAAUUAGACAUUGGCAAAAGUCAAUAAGCUCAAAUAUAGCAAACCCGACAACAACAACAACAACAACAACAACUGCUAAUGUACAUAUGCCGUGCGCACGGGCGCACACGCGCGCCCGCACCUACAUUUUCUACAUUCAGCCAAGUCGAGAGUCGAAAUCGCGCAAUCGAUAGUGCGUGUGUACACUGUGCACGCAACAUACGCUCAAAUCAAGUUGUCAUAUGUUAGUUUUGCAUUUACAAUGCAUUUUGUUUUUUUCUUCUAUUCAAAUCCGAUUUUGAAUUUGGCCAGCGGUAAACCCAAACUACGAUAUGGAAUAUCAAAAUGUGUCCGUUCGAAGAAAGAAAGAAAAACAAAACAAAAAGAUUCAACCGAAUAAAAAGAAAAUGAAUAAUUACCAAAGAAUAUUUUGCCCAAAUAUUGAAUCAACGAAAGACCUCCUGAGUAUGAGCUAGCUGAAAGAAAAGAAAACAUUUCCAAGAUACACAUUGAUCUCACAAUUAGGCAUUCGUUUCAAUUUUCCUCUUCGAAUUGAAUCGUUGUUUGGGCCGAGAAUUAAAGAAAAAACAUCCAAAAUUGUAACACAUCGCACACACACACACACACACACACAAAUACACGUACAAUCCCCUUCAGUUUAAACCGCUACCGUACGACCAUUAUUAUCAUUUGAACAACAAAUCAUAAUCAAUUUGAUUCGCGUAGACAAACCGUCUCAUUUGUUGUACGAAAAAAAGACAACAAGCAAAAAGCACACAACAACAAAAUCAGGGCUAAAAAGGAAGCGAUAACGGUAAAUUGAUAAAAUAGAGCGAGCUAGAGAAAGAGAUUUGUGUGUGCAUCAUCCCGAAUUCAAUCAUCAUCAACAGUGUCAUCGUCGUUGUUUGGCGCACAGUCCAUUUCAUGUUGUUUACAGGCCAUUUCGUGAAUUUCUUGACCUCGGACACAACCAACUAUGAUGAUUGUCAUGUCUACGUACAUGUGUGUGUUCGUGUGCAUAUUUUGCGUGCAAGCCAUUUUUUCUGUUCAAUUUUUUUUUUUUGGUUCAAUGAAACAACAAAUUGGUUACUGAGAAUCGUGGUUUGCAUGUCAAACUUCUGUAAUCAUUCUUAUUAUAAUAGAUUGAUAUAUUAUAAUAAUGAUGCCAUAUUUGUUUAGCUUUAAGUAUGACCAGAUACAUUUUGUCGGUGCUGAUUCGGCAAGCAGCAGUAGCGAAUGGGAGAUUUUUCUUUUCUUUCGAAAAAAUUGGAAAUGAAUUUUCAUCAUGUGCAGAUUUUUUUUCGGUUUUUUUUUUCGUUGUUCUUUAUAAGUGAAAAUGAAAUAUUCCUAAUAAAAAAAAAAUAAAGAGAGAAAAAUCGAAACGAAAAAAAAAAUCAAAUUGAAAUUAAAAAUGUAUUCAUUUUUUAUACAACUUAUCUACAAAUUAAGACAUGAAUUGAAUACAAAACAUUGAUUUGUUUUUCUCGUGUUUUUUUUAUAUCAUGUUUUCUUUUUUUUAAAUGGAAUGGUAAUUCUCUUUAUUUUUCCCUUCCAAAUAUAAAUUUAUAUGCAAUUUUAUUUGAAGGAAAAACCAAGAAAAACAAACAACAAAAUACUUGAAUAAAAUAAAUUAAAUGAUCUAAGUAAAAACAAAACUGAACGAAAAAAAA